AUGCGUAUGUCGAUAGAUCGUCGAAUGUUGGGCGAUUUGAUGCGUCAACAGGAGCCAAAAUACGAGACGGUGCACAUGGCCGAUGUGGUGGAGAACGCAAUGAAUCUGCAAUUCCGUUUUGUGAGCGCUGAAACACCUGUGGCUCAGCUGAUGCUCGAACUCAAACGGGGCUUCCCGCUAGCCAUUGUUGUUGAGUACAUGCACGAUGUCAAAUGUUAUCAUGUGAUAGGUAUAGUCACAUUGGAGGACAACUUGGAAGAAGUGAUCGGUGAGAUUUACGACGAGAAAGAUCGCGCUAUCGAAGCGGGACUAGAGAAAGCAGUGGAGCCUCAAGCAUUGCCACGAGCAGAGGUGCAACUGCCACCCGAGAAACAAGUGAGAAAAACCAAGAAGAGGGUGGUCAAGAGGACAUCUGAGGUUUGUCAGAUUACCAGAUGA